AUGGAUACACCCGAUUUCCAUACCGGUGAGGCAACUCACUGCGACAAACCUGCCAGCUCAAACACAACCAAGCCAAGAAAAGCCCUUCUUAAUCAACUCAUCACACUCUCGGCCGCACAAGCAGAGGAGGAGGACAUGCGGGCGGUGCUACAAUACGCCCAGAAAAGAAGCAAAUUCUAUGGUCAAUUUUACCGCCGACGGGAGGAGAUCCAGCAGCUAGUAGCCUUCCACUGUGGGUUGACAGAUCCUAGCUCGGUACGAGUGCCGGAACUGUUCAAUGGAACAGAACUUGUAUGGCCACAUGGAACCUUUAACAUGUGCAUUCCCAUAUGCAUCGACAGUGCUCGAUCCGAUGAUGCUGGAAGACCGCUAUCAUCCAAGUUAGGAUUUCGCGUGCCUCUACCAUAUAAGCUUGGUGAGGAACCAUUCCCAGGGAACGUUGAGGAGAAGGUGCGGUCUGAGGCUGCAACAUAUAUCUGGAUUGGUGAAAACUGCCCGGAUGUGCCAAUCCCAGCACUACGAGGGUUUGGACUACCUGGUGGCCUUACUUUCAGUGAACCCAGAUCUGUUCCAUUCUGGCAGAGGAUCAAGGUUUUCAUCUGGAGCUUCGCCCGUCGUUUGUAUUACGGCUCGGGUUCUCAUGCUAGUGGAUAUGUUCCAUGCAAAAGAAGAGAGAUCCUGGAUCAUGGCUAUCUUUUGAUGGAUUGGAUUGAGAAUGAUGAUCUGCAAAUGCUGUCUACCAAAUUCUCCAAGCCACACACGGUUAUGCAGGUCGAGAACCUUUAUCGAGGCAUGUCACAAAUUAUGAUUUCCAUGGCUAGAGUCUCACAACCUCGAAUCGGCUCCUGGACCAUUGAUAACAGGGGUCAGAUCACUCUAACCAAUCGCCCCAUGCUCUGCCAUCUUCACCAGUUAGAGAACUGGUCAAUUCCGAGUGAUAUUCCACGGAGCAGGACCUACACGAGUGCUGAUAGUUUCUAUCUUGAUUUGCUUGCUGGUCAUGAUAACCGUCUGCGGUACCAGGGAAACGCUGCAACAUCCGAGAUCGAUGCACGUGGACAGGCGACUGACCUUGUGCUUAUGAGGGCACUGCUCCAUCAAUUCACCAAUCGGCACCUUCGUGAUGGUCCCUUCAUCAUGCAGUUAACCGACAUGCAUGAUAGCAACAUCCUGGUGGACAAGGACUGGAACAUCAAAUAUGUCAUUGAUCUUGAAUGGGCAUGUUCUCUCCCGUUGGAUGCCCUUCUGCCGCCGUUUUGGUUAACUGGAAAGACAGUUGAUUGUCUGCACGGGGAUGAGUAUACUCGUUUCAAGGCUCAAUACAGCAAGUUUGUGGAGAUAUUCGAGCAAGAAGAGAGGAGUACAGUGCUGCAUCAGGAUGGAAAUUUCUACUCCCGGGGGGCAACCAUGAGGACGGCUCUAGACGACGGUCGAUAUUGGUAUUUGAAUGCUCUGCAGUCCCCGAAGGGUCUGUUCAACAUCUUCCGGAGGCAUCUUCAAGCACGGUUUGAUAAGGUGUCUGACAAUGUACUCUGCGCAGGAGUAUCCCCAUUCUGGACACCAGGAAUGACUUCAUUCGUACAGUCAAAGCUGGAUGACCAUACACGGUAUCUCCAAGAGGUUGUUGGUGUUUUUACUAGUGAAAAGAGCGGUAGACCAUACUAG